AUGGCUACUCCUGCUGGAAGUUCAGAAGCCGGUGGAGGCUGUAAGAUGUGGAUGCUUUGGGUGUGUUUGGCGGUUCUGCACUUCGCAGCCUCCGUUGAUGUCGGCGACUCCAAGGCAGUGACCACUACACUAACCACCAAAUGGCCGUCUACACCUCUGUUGCUGGAGGCCAGUGAAUUCCUCGCUGAGGAGAGCCAGGAUACGUUUUGGGACUUUGUGGAGGCGAGCCAAGAUAUCGAAGGCCAGCAUGAUGGUUCAGACUUGUCCUAUUAUGAGCUGAUCCUGAAGAAAGCUGGUCACCUGUUGAGCGCCGUACAGUUAAAACUGCUCAAGUUUGCUCUUUCUCUGCGCUCCUACUCCUCCACUGUUCAUUCUUUUCAGCAGAUUGCGUCGAUUGAACCUCCUCCACCAGGCUGCAAGGCUUUCUUCAGCGUGCACGGAGAGAAAUCAUGUGAUCCAGAGAUCCUGCAGAGCCUGAUCGACUCGGCGUCAGAGAGGCCGAAGCCGUUCCUGUUUAAAGGGGAUCACAGGUUUCCGUCCGCUGACCCCGACGCGCCGGUCGUCAUCCUCUACGCUGAACUGGGCACCAAAGAGUUCGCCAAACUCCAUCAACUCAUGCUGGCUAAAGCCAACAAGGGCCAGAUGAACUACUACCUGCGGCAUUUCCUCUCGAAACUGAGCGAUCAGAAGGUUUUCCUGUCCGGUUACGGAGUUGAGCUGGCCAUCAAAAACCAGGAGUACAAGGCCAAAGAUGAUACCCAAGUUCAAGGUGCUGACGUAAAUGCCACGGUGUUUGGUGAAAAUGACCCUGUGGAUGAAGUUCAAGGCUUCCUGUUCGGCAAACUCAAAACCAUCUACCCAGAGCUGAAGGAGCAGCUGAAGGAGCUGCGCAAGCAUCUGAUCGAAAGCACCAACGAGAUGGCGCCGCUCAAAGUCUGGCAGAUGCAAGAUCUCAGCUUCCAAACGGCAGCUCGUAUCCUGGGGGCUCCUGCCGUGGAGGCGCUGAACGUCAUGAAGGACCUGAGUCAGAACUUUCCCACUAAAGCCAGGUCCAUAACCAAAACCGCCGUGAACGCCGACGUCCGACAGGAAAUCGAGGAGAACCAGAAGUUUUUUAAGGGGACGUUGGGACUUCAGCCAGGCGAUUCGGCUCUCUUCAUUAAUGGCCUCCACAUCGACCUGGACGUGCAAGACAUCUUCAGCGUGUUCGACGUGCUGAGGGGCGAAGCCCGGGUGAUGGAGGGUCUCCGGAACCUUCUCAUCGACACCCCGUUCAUCCACGACAUCCUCAAGCUCAACGUGCAGCCGUCCGACUCCGACUACGCCGUGGAUAUCCGCAGCCCGGCCGUCUACUGGAUCAACAAUCUGGAGACCGACGGCAGGUACGCCUCGUGGCCCUCCAACGUGCAGGAGCUCCUGCGUCCCACUUUCCCCGGCGUCAUCCGACAACUCCGCAAGAACUUUCACAAUCUGGUAAUAAUUCUGGAUCCCACUCAUGAAAGCGCGGCCGAGCUGCUGAGCGUCGCGGAGAUGUUCUACGCCAAUAACAUCCCCCUCAGGAUUGGACUGGUGUUCGUGGUGAACGACGAGGACGACGUGGACGGGAGGCAGGACGCCGGCGUCGCCGUGCUCCGCGCGUUCAACUACAUCGCGGAAGAAGUGGACAAUCAGAUGGCGUUCGAUGCCGUCUUGUCGAUGCUGAACCGCGUGCCCAGCGGCAGGAAGCUGAAGGUGGAGCACGUGGUGAGCGUCCUGGAGAAACGUUACCCCUACGUGGAAGUGAGCAGCAUCCUGGGGGCGGACUCCGCCUACGACAACAACCGCAAGGAAGGAAAGGCGUACCACGAGCAGACAGGUGUGGGUCCUCUACCCGUCGUCCUGUAUAACGGCAUGCCCCUCCAGCGCGAGCAGCUGGACCCCGAUGAGCUGGAAACCACCGUCAUGCACAAGAUCCUGGAGAGCACCAGUUUCUUCCAGCGCGCCGUCUAUCUGGGCGAGCUGGCGACCGAUCACGACGUGGUGGACUUCAUCAUGAACCAGCCGAACGUGGUGCCCCGCAUCAACUCUCGCAUCCUCACCACCAGCAGGACGUACCUGGACCUCGCCAGCACCAAUAAUCAUUUUAUUGACGACUACGCUCGCUUCCUGUUCCUGGACACGAAGGAGAAGAACACGGCCGUGGCCAACAGCAUGAACUACAUGACCAAGAAAGAUGAUGGGGUGAUUCGUCCUGUGACGUUUUGGGUGGUCGGAGAUUUCGACCAUCCAUCAGGCAGACAGCUGCUGUACGAUGCCAUCAAACACAUGAAAACCAGUAAUAACGUCCGUCUAGGGAUGAUCAAUAACCCGACCAAUAAUCCGUCCACCGCCACAACGCUGGUCGCAAGGGCGAUCUGGGCAGCCAUACAGACGCAAACGGCCAACAACGCCAAGAACUUCAUCACCAAGAUGGCCAAGGACGAGACGGCUGAGGCGCUGUAUUCCGGAAAGGGCGUCGCCGAGUUUGCAGUCGGGGGCAUGGACGUGGCGUUGUUCGAGAGUGCGUACGAGUCGCCCAAGGUGGACUUUCUGUUGACUCAUACUGCUUACUGCCGGGAUGUCCUGAAGCUGCGCAAGGGCCAGAGAGCGGUCAUCAGUAACGGACGGAUCAUUGGUCCACUGGACGAUGGUGAGAUCUUUAACCAGGACGAUUUCCUGCUUCUGGAGAGCAUCAUCCUGAAAACAUCUGGAGAGAUAAUCAAGAGCAAAAUUCAGAACCUGGGUGUGGAGGAAGAUCGAGCCAGUGAUUUGGUCAUGAAGGUGGAUGCUUUGCUCUCGUCUCAGCCCAAAGGCGAGGCCCGGGCCGAGCACAGCUUCACGCUGGACAAACACAGCGUUGUGAAGAUUCGCCCUACGGAGCAGGAAGUGUACUUUGACGUCGUGGCCAUCGUGGAUCCCGUCACUAGAGAUGCUCAGAAACUGGCUCCUCUCUUGCUGGUCCUAAAACAACUGGUCAACGUUAACAUGCGAGUCUUCAUGAACUGCCAGUCCAAGCUCUCAGACAUGCCGUUGAAAAGCUUCUACCGGUACGUGCUGGAACCCGAGGUGACCUUCAUGACGGAUAACAGCUUCACUCUGGGUCCGCUGGCCAAGUUCUUGGACAUGCCCCAGUCUCCUCUGUUCACCUUGAAUCUGAACACGCCAGAAAGCUGGAUGGUGGAGUCGGUCAGAACACGCCAUGACCUGGACAACAUCUACCUGGAGGAGGUGGACAGCAUCGUAGCCGCCGAGUACGAACUGGAGUAUCUUUUACUGGAGGGCCACUGCUUCGACGUUAGUACGGGUCAGCCACCUCGCGGGCUCCAGUUUACCCUGGGAACAGCCACAGAUCCCGUCAUCGUGGACACCAUCGUCAUGGCCAACCUGGGCUACUUCCAGCUGAAAGCCAACCCGGGAGCCUGGGUCCUCCGUCUGAGGAAGGGAAGGUCAGAUGAUAUCUACAAGAUCUACAGCCACGACGGUUCAGACUCUCCAGCCGACUCUGAGGACCUGAUAGUCGUGCUGAACAACUUCAAGAGCAGGAUCAUCAAAGUCAAGGUUCAGAAGAAGCCGGACAUGAUGAACGAGGAGCUCCUGAGUGACGGCAGUAAUGAGAACGACUCUGGAUUCUGGCAGUCCUUAACCAGUAGCUUCACCGGAGGAGCGAAGGUGGAGGAGAGCAAGCAGGAGAAGGACGAUGUCAUCAACAUUUUCUCAGUCGCCUCGGGUCACUUGUACGAGAGGUUCCUCAGGAUCAUGAUGCUGUCUGUGCUGAAACACACCAAGACACCAGUGAAGUUCUGGUUCCUGAAGAACUACCUGUCACCCACGUUUAAGGAGUUUAUUCCGUACAUGGCCAAGCAGUACGGCUUCCAGUACGAGCUGGUGCAGUACAAGUGGCCGCGCUGGCUCCACCAGCAGACCGAGAAGCAGCGCAUCAUCUGGGGCUACAAGAUCCUCUUCCUGGACGUCCUCUUCCCCCUCGCUGUGGAUAAAAUCCUCUUCGUCGAUGCCGACCAGAUUGUACGUACAGACCUGAAGGAGCUGCGCGAUUUCGACCUGGAGGGGGCGCCGUACGGCUACACGCCGUUCUGCGAGAGCCGCCGGGAGAUGGACGGCUACCGUUUCUGGAAGUCGGGCUACUGGGCCAGUCAUCUGGGCAGCCGCAAGUACCACAUCAGCGCCCUCUAUGUGGUGGAUCUGAAGAAGUUCAGGAAGAUCGCAGCAGGUGACCGGCUCAGAGGCCAGUACCAGGGUCUGAGCCAGGACCCCAACAGCCUGUCCAAUCUCGAUCAGGAUCUGCCGAACAACAUGAUCCAUCAGGUGCCCAUCAAGUCUCUGCCGCAGGAGUGGCUCUGGUGCGAGACGUGGUGCGACGACGCCUCCAAAACCCGAGCCAAAACCAUCGACCUGUGCAACAACCCUCAGACGAAGGAGCCCAAGCUCCAGGCGGCGGUGCGGAUCGUGGCCGAGUGGUCAGAUUACGAUCAGGAGAUCAAGAGGAUCUAUAACAAGUUCCUGGAGGAACGGGACAGAGGGGCUCACUCAGGAGAGCAGCAGAUACGGACAGAAAACACAGAUGAGCAGAAGCACGUGGAGCUGUAGGCCGACGCCGUUCAGCAGAAGAACGACCGACUCUGUUUAAAGAGUCGUUCUUUCUUUUCACUCGUUUAAAUAAAAGCCUAUUUUCCUGGAGCGGGGUCCAUGCUGGCGCUGUGAACACUUGAACAUAA